ACCAAUAAGCUCAUAAUAAUAUUAUUAUUGUUAAUUUUCAUAAUGGCAUUCUCUAGAACUCUCAUUGCUUCUUCACUUCUCCUCACUCUUCUCCUUCUUCACAUUGCUGAAUCACACCAAACGAUGAUGACAAUGAGCACCACCAACAUUGGAGCUCCAACACCAACUCCUCUUCCACAAACAAUUGAUUGUGGGUUAGAAUGUGAAAGAAGGUGCAAAUUAUCAUCAAGGCCAAAUCUAUGCAAAAGGGCAUGUGGAAGUUGCUGUAAGGUUUGCAAGUGUGUUCCUGAAGGCACCUCUGGCCACCAUGAUUCUUGCCCUUGCUAUAAAAGCCUCACCACCCGCCACCAAUUCCAUAAAUGCCCUUAGAUCCAUGAUCAUGAUUAUGAAAUUCAAAAUGAACACUGUGCUUUAAUUUUGGUGGAUUAAUAAUUAAUUUUCAUGUAUGUUGUUUUAAGUCUUCUGAUGAUAAAAAAAUAAUACAUCUUCUCAAUUUUUUUAAAUAUUUUUUAUUCCACUACUUAAAUAAUCUAUGAUGAGAAAUUAUAUUUUAUAACAUAAAUUUUAAAAAAAAAUUGAGAGGAUUUAUUUUUUUUAGAUGAUUAUAUUGUGGUCAUCAAUGUUGUUAUUUAAGUCGCAAUUGCGUUAUGUUAUGUUGUGUAAGAGUAUGUGAAGAUAUAUAAUUACUUUGGUUAAUUUCUAUCAUGAUGUAAUAAUUAAUCAUUCAUUAUUAAUUUUAGUGAUGCAAUAAACCAAACAAUAAUGUGUUA